AGCUCACUCUUAGGAAGGAGAUUUUCUUUUUGGAGGUUCCCUCCUGUCAGAUGACUAUGACUUUGUCAGUUUGAUAUAAAAACAAGUUGAUACACAGGAUCAAGAGAAAAUGAACUCUAAUGGGUCAUGGAAGAACUUCUAACCUUGUUAGUCUGCUGAUCCUGAGCUCCUCACACUGGCUAACCCUUAGGCUAAAAUGCUCCUUUGUUAAUACAGAGAUUUCUACUUCCUUCAAUUGUGGAAUCAAUGAGAAAAAAAUAAAAGCUAGUUUAGUUUCAUUUUUCUGUUCUUAAAGUGCAGGAAAUUCAGAAAAAAAAACUGGACCCACUAUCCUUAUGUGAUUGGCUAGCACACUCUGAAGGUGGGACAAAAGUCAAGACAAAGGAGCUACCCAACUUUCUUGUUUCUGCUGCAAAGACUCCAGCACAGCUGAGGGCUGUUCCUGUCCUGAGCAGUGAGAGCAUCCCCUGGACACAGGAGUUUCUGUGCAUUACUUGCUCACAGUCAUGGGUCAGCGGUUCUCUUCAUCUAGGAAUGAGCGCCACCAAGAUUUGGCCUCCACCUUUAAAGAAAUUUUUAAGAAGUUUACAGUAGAAAACAAAAUCAUUCCUCAAGAAACCUUAGCUUCAAUUGAGGUAAGUCUCUCACAAGGAAACAUUCAGGUGGCAAACUCUUUGAUCACUAAUGCAUUAAAAGAAAUUGACAGCACCCCACUCAAUGUUGCUGUGAUUGGAGAGUCUGGAACAGGGAAGUCCAGCUUCAUCAAUGCCCUGAGGGGGAUUGGGCCUGAAGAGGAAGGUGCAGCUAAAAUAGGUGUGGUAGAAACUACCAUGGAGAGGCAUCCCUACAACCACCCAAAGAUUCCCAAUGUGGUUUUUUGGGACCUGCCUGGGAUUGGAACCACAAAGUUCCCACCCAAAGAUUAUCUGAAGAAAAUGAAAUUCAACGAGUAUGAAUUCUUCAUCAUUCUUUCUGCCACACGCUUUAAGAAAAAUUAUAUAGACCUUGUCAAAGCAAUCCGCAGGAUGAAGAAAGAUUUCUAUUUAGUGAGAACCAAGGUGGACUCUGAUGUGAAAAAUGAAAAGGAAUUCAAACCACGAACCUUUGACAGAGAAAAGGUCCUGCAGCAGAUCCGCAGCAGCUGUGUGAGGACCUUUCAGGAGAAUAACAUUGAAGAACCACCCAUCUUCUUGAUCUCUAAUAACAUCUUAUCUGACUAUGAUUUCCAAAUCCUGAUGGACAAGGUGGUGAAUGAUCUCUCUGUAUACAAACGACACAAUUUUAUGCUCUCCUUGCCAAGAAUUACACAUGCGGCCAUUGAAAUGAAGCGGCAUUUCCUGGAGCAGAAAAUUUGGAUUCAAGCUUUUGCAUUUGGCCUACUCAUUGUGAAUCCUUCACAAACCAUCUUAAUGGACAAAGAUGUGGAGGAUCUUAGGAACAGCAUAAACCACUAUCGAGCUGUGUUUGGGGUGGAUGAUGCAUCCUUACAGGGUUUGGCUGAGGAAUGGCAAGUGUCGGUGGAUCAGCUCCAGGCAAAGAUGAAAUCUCCUCAUGUGUUUGAAACUACAAAGGAAGAAACAAUACAAGAAAGGCUUUCAAUAUUUUAUGAAGUGUUUCAUUUGGCUAAGGGGGACGUAUUACCUAAAAAUGUUUAUGUUAAAAAAUUGUUUUACCUGAAAUUUUAUUUCCUUGAUAUGGUGACAGAUGAUGCUAAUGCUCUUCUCAGAGAGAUAUGUGUAAAAAAUAACUUGGUUUCUGAUUAGGCUGAAAUUUUGUAGCUGUCAAAAAUCAGAAUCAAUGACAGAAAAAUUGGACACUAAUAUUGCAAAGCAACAUACUGGGUUAUUCAAAGCAUGGAGGCUUUAUCCAUACUUAGAAAUCAUACAUCCGAUUUGCUGGAGCAAGGGGAUAAGAUGUGUGUAAAUAAUCUGGUGCUAAAAUAUCUACUCACUUUGAAUAACCCAUCAGAUUGUGUCAUUGCACUUUUAUACAAGUUUAUUUCAUAUAAGUCCACAUCGACUUUUAGGUUUAACAUUGUGAUGGGUGAUACAAUCGACAGACUUUAGGAUCACAUGGGAGAUGAACCUCUGGAUUUGUAUUUGGGAAACUAUUUUGCUUACAUUAAUUGAGGUAGGAAGCGCUCCCCACUGUGGGUGGGCACAUUCCAUAGCUACUGAUCCCUGACUGUGUAUAUGGAAAGGGAGGCCAAGCCGCAGAACACUUGCACUCAUGAAUUGCUCUCUGCUUUCUUACUGUGGGUGGAGGAGGACUAGCUGCCCCCAGCUGCUGCUGCGACUCCUCUAUAACUUUGAGUUUCACACUUAUGUCCUCUCUUCAUAGUAUAACCACAGGAAAAGACAUAACUGGGCUGGAGAGAUGGCUCCAUUGCCUUGCAAGUCUGAAGACCUCAGUUCAGACGCACAGAGACCACAUAAAGCCAUCUAGGCACCUGAAAUCCAUUAACUCCUGGAAAGACAGGAGGCAGAGACAGAGAAUCCUGGAAGCUGUAGGGCCAGCUAACCUGACACAUGCAGAUGUUAAAAAGAGACCCUGACACAAGCAAAUGGAAGGUAAAAAGCAAAAUCCAGUGAGCUCUGUAUAUAUGCCAUGUCAUAGUCAUCACAUAUGCAAAUGCACUCGCACAAAAAAUAUUUUCUUUAAAACUAACAAGGAAAGUGUGAGGUGGUAACUCAGUGGUAUAAUACACACACACAUGUGACCUCGGGUUAAAGCCCUAGCACCCUAGAAACAGGGUAAAAGGUAAAGUGGAGAGAUGGCUCAGAGGUUAAGAAUGCUGGCUGCUCUUGCAGAGGCCCAGGGUUCAGUCCCCAUAUAAUAGAACCCACAUAGUAGCACACAGUAGCCUAUAACUCCAGUUCCAGGGGAUCCGAUAUUCUCUCCUGACUAGGAACACGUGUGGUUAAUAGAUGAUAACACAUGCAAGACAAAUAUUCAUACAAUAAAAUUAAAGAAAAAUGUAAGAGAUACGUGUUUGAAAAAGGACUGCAAGAGAGAGGGAGGCAAUAACCAUAAAAGUCCUCCAAUAACCAAAUUCUAAAAAUCCCAUUUAGUCAGAAUCUUUGAGAAAAUAUUAAGGAAGCUCUUUAAUUCUGUACCAGUGAUGAUGAAGGGAUUUCCUACUUUAUAUUCAUAGGCUUUUUAAUGUUGUGGUUACUCCAUUCUGCAAAUGUACCAUAUUUAUCUUAUCCAUUCUUCGAUCGAGAGACAUUUAGGUUGUUUCCAGGUUCUGACUAUGACAAACAUGGUUGAGCACAUGUUCUUGUGGCACAAUUGAGCAUCCUUUGGAUAUAUACCCAAAAGUCAUUUUAUUGGGUCUUGAGGUUGUUUCCAAAUUUUCUGAGAAAUCACCACACUGACAUCCAAAGAUCACAUAAUCCAAUAAAAAAAAAUGGAGUACAGACCUAAACAGAGAACUCUCAACAGAGGAAUUUAAAAUGGCUAAAAGACACUUAAGGAAAUGUUCAACAUCCUUAGUCAUCAGAGAAAUGUAAAUCAAAACAACUCUGAGAUUCCAUCUUACACUUGUAAAUUUAUGUUAUCUGGAAGUGAGGUAACCCACCCCCGAUGUUAUGAGCAAGGGAGGGCAGUCCUUAUUACUCAUCUGACAUGUCGUGGUAUGGACAGAGGAGAGGUGCCCAUCUCAUACUCCAUGCCAAUCAACCCUGAGAUAGGUGAAGGAUCUGGCCCUAGGGUCAUAAGAGCAGGAGAGCAGUCCGUACUCCUCACCAGCUGCAGCACUCAAAAGAGUAGCACCUGUACCUUGCAGGGAUAACACAAUAGGGCUGGCCUUGAUGGUGUAGGUGUGGAAGAGCUGAUCCUCAAAGCAUGAAUGCAGAAAAACUGGUCCGAAUACACACAACAUGGCUACAAGAUGUGAAUUAGCCAGGGAAAUGAUGGAGAGCUCUCCCUGUAAUGAGGAUAGGAGAGCACUGGUGGGCAGACAAACCCUGCAGCUGUUCAUGCGCAGAACCACGGUUAUGACUUGGCCUGCCCCAACUUCAACCCCAGCCAUGAUCUGCUAGAUCACAUGAAGGAACCUGACUCACAGACCCAAAGCUGCAGGAUCUCCACAGUACAGGACAACAAUAUGAUAUCCAAGAAGUGUCCUAGUGAAGGCCCAGCAUCAGUAGUGGAGUAGCCAUACCAAUGACUCUUUGCAAUGAAGACUUGCAAGUAAAGAUACAUGAACAACGGGGUUUACUGUGUGCCUCACUGUGUCACAUAACAGCUUCCAUGACAAGAUUUCUAAUUUUUUCCUUUUAAAAAAAUAUUAUUGUUGGCUCUUGUCUA